AAGAUCUGGAAAAUUGUUCCCUUAAAAAAUAAGCUGAAUAAUUUUGUGUUAAAGAACGAGAAUUGCAAACUUUCACUAAAGGAAAUGGAAUGCCUGGUGAAUAAGAUGCUUGUAAUGCCAUUAAUGGUUUUCGGACUAGGGCUCUCGUUUUCCAGGACCGAGGUGAAUCCUCCGGAAUUGGGACCUGGUACUCGGCGAUACUCGUCCGUUGGAAAUGGGAGUGAAAGUGGAAACGGAAUCAUCACCGGGAUCGACGAGGAGAAUUGGAAGCAGUUGCUGACCGGCGAGUGGCUGUUCCUGCUCUGUUCGGAGUGCCAGGAGCUGCAGCUGGUGCUCCACCAGCUGGCCACCACCUCGACGCACUGCCUCGCUGUGAAACUGGCCAUCGCCGAGCUCAUCGAUCUACCUGUGCCCUCGACGCUGCGACGCCGCUUCUCGGCCUUCGACCGGUUGACCCUGUACCAUGUCCUGGAUGAGAACUUCCGUCUGCUGAGCUCCGAACAGGACUCCGACUCGCUGCUCGAUCUGAUCCUGCGGCGCGAUUGGGAGCACAUCAAACCGGAGCCGUUCUUUAAGCACCCGACCUCCGUUUGGAUCGAAAUCCCGAUAUUCGCCUAUAAGAUAGCCGUGAUUCUGGUGAAUACGGGCUACUUUGGCACGGACCACAGGAUUAUCACCUAUACCAUAUGCUUUCUGCUGGCGGGGUGUGUGACCUAUGGCGUGUAUGGCAUAAACGCCCUGUACUCCACACUCUUCACCGGGGAUGACUACUUCGAGGAGACUGUUCCGAAUCCACCCGCGAAUACAUUGCAGUACGAGGAGGAGGAGGAUGACGAGGACGACGAUGACGUGUAUGGGGAUAGCAUCCAGGACGAUCAUAUCGAGUAUUGGGUGGUCCAGGAUGAGUAGGAACAGCCAUUUAAUUUAUCCCUUCAAACAAUCGUCCAUGAGAAACAAGAGGCCACUGAAGAACGUCC